UCCACAAUUACCUAAUCUGCGCAUGGCCGGUCUACUGUUGGUCCAACAUAAAAACAACACAGAGCAAGUGGUUUCCCAUCGUAGCGCACUAUUGCACAACGAACCAACGGAGUCCUGUGUAUCCUUUGUUUGGAUAACAGCAAAGUGUUUAAUUUGUUUGAUUCCAUUUCAUUCUUCGCAGUGAAUGCGUACAAGUUUAGUGCGUUUUGCAAAAAUGGUUGUUAAACAUAAGGUUACCGGGUACGAGGAGUUUACAAAGCUAGCGGAAAGUUUGGAAAGCAGUGGCGAACCGGUCCACAUCCUGUUCACCGGUAGUAAGGAUGAGAACGGUGAAAGCUGGUGUCCGUACUGUGUGAAGGCCGCACCCGUCGUCACCAAAGCCUUAGACACUGCGCCGGAGAAGAGCCAUUUCAUCACGGUUGAAAUCGAACGUCCAUUCUGGAAAGAUCUGAACUGUCCGUACCGGAAGGAUCCACGCACACAUCUAGUGUUUCUUCCCACUCUUCUACGAUGGCGAUCGCCCCAGCGCUUGGAUGGUUCGCAGUGUGCCAACACCGAUUUGGUCGAAAUGUUGUUCCAAGAUGAGGAUUAAACCGCCACCGCCUCCUGGCUUUGGGGCUGAAUCUAUGGAUUUUAUUUCUAUUCAUUUUUAGCGCCAACCGUCCGCAACGGAAGAAGCGCCUUUACAAUUUCGAUACUAUUUUGAUACAAUACGUUGUUGUUGUCCUUAUAUUCAUUUCCAUUCAACCAAUAAAUAACUAAAUGAAGUACGUAA